AUGUUGCGGAGAACUGGAUCGCAACUACCAGUUGAGCUCUUCGUCGACACUGAGGCAGAGUUGGCUUCACACACAUGCCGAACGCUCCUUCCUAGCAUGAAUGCACAUUGCUUGCGAUUGGAAGACCGUCUUGGACGAUGGGCAAAGUACCUUGCAAGCUUUCAAGUAAAGGUUNUUGCCAUUCUGGCUUCUUCAUUCGAGAACGUGAUUUUCCUGGAUGCCGACGCUUUUAUGGCCAAAGACCCUUCGCAUGUCUUUACGCAAGAGCCAUUCUCGUCUACUGGCCUAGUCACUUGGCCAGACUUCUGGGCAUCGUCUGCCUCUACUCAUCUCUACGAGAUCACCAAUCAACCCGUACCAGCUGUGAACGCACUCGCCUCGACAGAAUCCGGACAGCUUCUAGUAUCCAAAUCCAGUCAUGCAUUGACUCUCCUCAUGGCAGCCUACUACAACUACUACGGUCCUGACAUAUACUACCCACUAAUGAGCCAAGGCGGCCCCGGCGAAGGCGACAAAGAAUCUUUCAUCUUCGCCGCCAGAGUAGCCAAAACACCCUUCCACCAAGUCAAGAAAUGUGUGGAUACCAUAGGUUACUACGAGCAUGGAAGCUACCACGGAGGAGCAAUGCUGCAAUACGAUCCCACUCAAGACUCGUCGUCUUCUGCUGCUAGCGUUGCUACCAUGGAUAUCCCACCAGAUGCAUUUUCCGUGCAUCACAAUAUCCCGAAAUAUGAUCCUGUGCAGUUGUUUGAUGCUGGUGUGCUUGUCGAUGCAAAGACGGGGAUACCGCAUCGAUUGAUUGGCACCAAGGAAGAGACUGAGAAGAGAUUCGGUAGGGAUGUUGAGAAAGAGCUUUGGGAAGAGAUCGACUAUGUGUCUUGUGAGCUUGGAGAUCAGAUUGUAGGAUGGAAGACAAUACCUACGACACAAGAUGAAAACGGCACUUGCGACAAGGUCCGCUGGUAUCGAAAGGAGUUGUUUAUAUAG